AUGGGCAGCAUUGCGACACCAUCACUCGAGGCACGUCUACAAUGUCGACAAAACAUCCUUACAAACACAUCCGGUAUCGCUCCGGGCUAUCUGCAAGCCAACCUGCUAGUUCUACCAGCCAAGUAUGCAGUGGAUUUCCACAAUCUAUGCCUACGCAAUCCAGUCGCAUGUCCACUAUUAGGAAAAACCUCCAAACCAGGCAACCCCCACAGUAUCCAACCAUCAGCCUGCAUCAAGUCAUCCGAUUUCGACGUUCGAACCGAUUUUCCAAGAUACAGGGUAUACAAAGACGGCAAGUGUCUCGAAGGUAAUCGCUGCGAUGUUACCGAUCUGUGGACACAGGACCACGUCGCCUUCUUGGUCGGAUGCUCGUUCUCUUUCGAAGAUGCCUUGGUCGCUGCGGGACUGCCUCCCCGACACCAGAAGAUUGGCUCUGUCGUCGCGAUGUAUAGAUCCAAUAUUCCGCUGCUGCCUUCCGGUGUCUUUACAGGGGGCCGGUGUAUUGUCUCUAUGCGACCGUAUCUUCCGGAGCAGAUUGAGCGCGUUCGGGAGGUUACGCGUCCGUUUCUUGCGACUCAUGGGGAACCUGUUGGUUGGGGGUGGGAUGGUGCUAAGGACCUUGGGAUUGUUGAUAUUGGUAGCCCGGACUUUGGAGAGCCGCAAGUAUUUGAGGAAGGCGAGGUACCAGUAUUUUGGGCCUGUGGUGUGACGCCUCAGAUGGCAGUGGAAGCUGCGGGAGAUCAGAUCGAGGGACUUGUUUUUGCCCAUGAGCCUGGUCAUAUGUUGGUGACUGACUGGACGGUUGAUGAUCUGCCAAAGGUCCAGUCUACUGGAACCUGCUCUUCAUGUGCAUAG